GGAAGUGGAGCUACUUCCUUCUUCCUACCUCACUGAAGCGCUCUCUGGCAGACCGCCUGACUGUCGUGGCAAUGGGGAAGCCUGACAGGGUCUGUUUCCACUGCUGACUUGACGCAGCGCCAGCGGGACCGACACCGACCAGCGGGAUUCGCUCUGUUUCUACGCGCAAAGGUGUUAAGGGUGACGGACGCUCGUUUUCUGGCGCUAUGUCUGCGGCGCAGCGCAACAGUCGGCUGUAGGGCGGAUGAUCGACAACUUUUCGACACUUGAAGGAUCAGCUGUGAGGACAACAUGAAGAAGCAGUUUAACCGUGUGAGGCAGCUCGCCAGCCAGACUGUUGGCAGAGCUGAGAAAACAGAGGUCCUGAGUGAUGAUCUCCUUCAGAUUGAGAAGCGGAUGGAGCUGGUCCGUUUGGCAUCGCACUCCGUGCACAAAAGGCUGGUGUCCUGUAUGCAGGGUGGCGUGGGCAUAGAAGCUGAGAGGAGACACAAAAAGCUGCCACUGAUGGCUUUGUCUCAGGCCAUGCUGGACGGAGGUAGUUCACUAGGAGACGAUGGCUUGAUUGGCAAGAUGAUGGAACUUUGCGGAGAUAAAGAAAAGCUGUUAGCAAAUGAACUGGUGCAGCACGAAGUGCAGAUUGAAAAAGAAAUUCUGGAUCCUCUUAAUCAACUAGCAGAGGAAGAGAUUCCCAAUAUACUCAAGCAGAGGAAGCAACUUGCUAAACUGGUUCUUGAUUAUGACUCAGCAAAGGCGAGAUACAAGGCAGCAAAGUCCAACAACAGUCAGGCCAUGGCAGGAAAACUUGAGCCACUCAAAGACGAGAUGGACGAAGCUCUUAAUAAAGUGGAGAUAUGCAAGGACCAGCUCUCUGCUGACCUAUACAACUUUGCUUCUAAAGAGGGAGACUAUGCACGCUAUUUUGUGAUGCUGUUAGAGGCUCAGGCGGAUUAUCAUAGGAAGUCUCUGGCAGCUCUGGAGGCAGCUAUGCCAGACAUCCAAAAAAAACAAGACUCCUUGACAGAAAAGCCGGCAUUUGGCACCGCUUUGGAGGAGCACCUGAAACGAACCAACCGGGACAUCGCUCUGCCCAUAGAGGCCUGUGUCAUGAUGCUGCUGGAAACCGGAAUGAAAGAGGAGGGCCUCUUCAGGAUCGCAGCUGGAGCUUCAAAGCUGAAGAAGUUGAAAGCAGCUUUGGACUGCUCCACCUCCCAGCUUGAGGAGUUUUACUGCGAUCCCCACGCUGUCGCUGGAGCCCUCAAGUCCUACCUAAGGGAACUUCCUGAACCUCUAAUGACAUUUGGCUUGUAUGAGGAGUGGGUACAAGCGUCAAGCUUUACUGAUAGUGACAAGAGGCUUCAGUCAUUGUGGACAACAUGUAGCCGAAUGCCAGAGAACCACAAAGCCAACUUCAGAUACCUGGUGAAGUUUCUAGCAAGGCUGGCUCAGGACAGUGAUGUGAAUAAAAUGACUCCCAGCAACAUUGCCAUAGUUCUAGGGCCCAAUUUGCUCUGGUCGAAGACAGAAGGGACGCUGGCAGAGAUGGCGGCCGCUACGUCUGUCCAUGUGGUGUCAAUCAUUGAGCCCAUUAUCCAACAUGCAGAUUGGUUCUUUCCUGAGGAGGUGAACUUUAAUGUUACUGGCAUGUUCAACAAAUCCUCACACCCAGCAACUCCAGACCCUGAACCCAACCUGGACAGGAAGCGCCCCGGCAGCAUGGGGCUGGACGGGGACAGUCACGCCCCGCGUAAAGACAGCCCUGCUCUUAAACACCCGGAGCCCGCUCCACGCAGAGCCAACACUGUAAAUAAGAAGCAGUCACCACUAACCUCACCCAUCCUCCAACACCCACCCGUCCUUCUGGAAGCAGGGGCUCCUCCCCAGCUCGAGCCACAAACUCAGAUGGCCACUCCAGAGGUCGAGCAGCCUGGGCUGAGCAGUGGUGGUUCUGGGGGAGGGGCUCUAGGGGGUGGGUUCCACAUAGCCGCAGUACAUCCUCAGGUUGUAACCCAGCUCAGCGCAGAGGACAGCAGCCUAACUCGGGAGUUUACGACAACCCCACCUAUGCAGAGAAAUGGUUCAGCCCAUCUUGUAGUAGGGAUGAGUGGGUCAAAAGGACCCAGUCCUCACAUGGUCCGCAGAGGCACCAAAAAGCAAGCCCCGGCCCCACCCCCAACCAAACAGACAACCCACGUAGCUUCUCAGUCCACUAACACCCAGAUACCCAGUUCUCCACACCCCACCACACCUCGUCGCAACCUCAGCAAAGACGCCAUCCAAGCCCCGAGCCAUCCACCACCACAGCCCCCUCCGGUCCACCAGCCUCAAGAAGAUCCAGAGCCCUCUCCCCCCUCCUCACCAAUGCCUCCUGACACUCUUCCUCACGACGGGUCACUUCCUUCGUACCCCUCUGGCUCCCUGCCUCGCCCCUCAAGGCCAGCUCCGAAACCUCGAAUGCGACCCAGCAUGCCCCCACCCCCACAGCCCCCAGGAAUUGAGACUGGUAAUGGUGUCUGCAGCUCUUCCUCCAAGAUCAUAACAGACGGAGGUCUGGUGAUAAAGGCGAUUGGAAGAAGUCUCAUCCCCCAGGUGCUCAUGGAAAAGAAGGACUCUGCUGGUCAAGAGUCUGCAUCCCACUUAGCUCCAAACCCAGAGCCUUCCAGACCAGCAGAAAGCACUGCUCUGUGAAGACACACCCAGCUGGUCCAGAUCAGAAGAACGCAAAAGGGAACAGUUGGAACCACGUGAUACCAAAUAAUAUUGCCCUUUUGCCUGCUAUACUGACUUCAACCAGGAAGUCUGCCAUUACUUUUAAAACAAGAUUUCUUAUUAAACUGUCCUAACUCCAUGUAUUAUUGAGUUGUAUGAGAUAAAUCUUCAACAAGCAUGGCUAAAGAAACCAUGAAGACCUCAACAACAAAGCAGCUGGAAAAAACUUUACACCCUAGACUUUUUCCUAUUUCUUUUCAAAGUUUUACUAUCAAUUUAAAAACAUUUAAUCAAAACAAUUUAUUUUUGCAUAUUUAAAUCUGAAUCUUAUUAUGUCAGGUAUGUUUUUAGACCCCUUUUUAAUUGUGACUUUCUGCAGCAGAAAUUUGUAAAGUUGGACAUUUUGGCAGAAAAAAAAGUAUUUAUCUGAAACUAAUUCAGGUUUAAGUUCUACUUAAGGAGUUUUCACCUCUUCAUUUGCCAAGAUGUGAGUAUGAGCCAAAGAAGGAAAAGUUCAAUUUCAGAAAAGCUCAGCACAGUUUUGGUUGAUCAACUAUUUUUGCAAUUUAUGUGCAAUAUUAAAAUUCUAUUGUCUUUCAUUGGUGACUAUUGGUGCUGUGGAUGGCAUCGCCAUCUCCAGCAACUAUAUAAUAUCAGAGCUAGUAAUUAGAAGGGGUGGGAUUUGUUUGUGUUUUUGUGAUUUAAGUGAUUUUAUGUAAUUUCUACUUCUGUUGAUUUAUAAGUAUAUAUGUUGUUUUCCCUUUUUUUUAAGAUGGGGCUAUUUUUCAUACAAAUUUGACUGCUUUUGUAAAGGAUCACAUUCACUUGAAGUUACAGCUUUGACCAAAAAGAGAAAAAAAUAAAUAUUUGUGGUUA